UUUCAGCCAAUCUGGAACAUGGUGGCCAGUGUAUCUUGUCUGCCAAUGACUGAAUGCUUUAGGUUGAAGCAGUACCAUAACUCUAGAGAGACUGCUGUACAGCAACCUCAGGUUUAUAGCACUGGCUACGGCAGAUACCAGUGUCUGGCUGGCUGGCUGGCAUUUGUUGUGGGGAGCACAGAGGAAAACAAAUUGUUGGUUACACUCUGUACUACUGCGUCAUGAUAUUGUCGGCUUUGGCUUUUGGAGGAACUGGAGAUUUAUUUGGCAGCUUUGGCUUUAUGGUUCUUGGAGGAACAGGAGAUUCACACAUGCAUUUUGCUUUUUUUUUUUUUUUUUUUUUAAGUUGAUGUGCUUAUCUUCCGCUGCAGAAUCCAGAUCAAAUGUGGCGGUGAUGGUGGUGCUGCUGCUGCUGCUCGCGACACGAAUGUGGAUAGCAGCAUUUGCCGUCCUUGAAUGCCUGCCGAGAAAGGAGAAGAGGCGACCGAGGCCUUUUCUUGGUGACCCCCGUCACUGCCACUGGGACCAGCCCCGCGGACAGAGGACCACUCGUGAUGUCCCUCCCAGUAACCGUGGGCUUGGGCAGCAGAUCUCCAAGUAUACGUGCCAGUCUUUAUCUUGGCAAAAACAGAUAGUACCAGUGCACGGAAAGACUUGUCAGUACUGCUGCAGGUUGAUGACGAUGAUGUGUCCCCUCAGCAAAAAAGAAAAAUGACACUCAUUGAUCAUUGCUGGACCGGACUAGACUAGACGGUCCAUUCAUUGUGCGUGCAGUACUCCUGCUGCUGCUACCACCUCCAUCCAUUUGCAUGCAUGCU